UCCAGCCGGCUACGUUGGCAACAUGGCGUCGUCAGAUGUCCACGUCCGAAUAUGCGAACAAGAAAUACUCAAAUAUGACUUGGAAAUUAAAGCUCUCAUCCAGGAUAUCAGUGAGUGCACAGGCCCUCAAAGCAAGCUGACAGAAUUAAAUGGAGAAGUGAAAAAGAACUUCCUCAGCUUAAGACUACGGAUUCAGGACUUUGAGCAGAUGGCAAUGGAGCAGGACAAAGAGUCAGACAAGCAGGCCUUGAUGACUCAGGUAGAAGGCCACAGAAAACAGAUGCUCAGUAACCAGACAACCUGGAGGAAAGCCAACCUGGCCAGCAAACUUACAAUCGACAACAUGGAAAAGCAGGCCCUUCUUAAUGGAGCUGAUGAUUCUGUGAGACAGAGGAAGAUGACCAAAGAGGGUCUGGCCCAGACCACCAGCGACAUCACCGAAAAUCUUAUGAGCAUCAGCCGAAUGAUGGCCCAGCAAGUUCAGCAGAGCGAGGAGACCAUAACGUCACUAGAUAUUACAGACAUAUAUAUUUGGGAUCAAAACAAGGCCUGUACAUGUUUUUGCAUCACCAGUGGAAACCAAGCCAUUUACCACGAUCCAGUUUCCCACAAUUACUGUUAAUAACGUUCCAGCUUUAUAUGUAAAUGCUAUUUGUGGGAAUGCACUGUGCAACUUACAUUACUGUACUCCGUAAUGAUGAAUUAAUGUUGUUUAUGUGAAAAGAAUAUUUAAGUACUUUUUAACUUUAUUAUGAUUCAGGCUCAAUUGCACUCACUCCUCACUGUGUUUUCCUACUUGAACAGCACUCGUAGGGUGUAUAUACACUUCUAACUGUCCCUAUGUUUAUUCACUUGGCAUGCAAAUCAAAGUAAAAAAAAAAAACCUUUAUUAAGUGUAAGACUGGAUGCAGUCUGCUCCGUCUCUGCCGGUGUGGCUCUGCAGCAGAGCAGAAAAGCUCCGAAAAGCACCAGCAGUGUUCACACUGGCAGAGAUAGGACAGCAUGCAGCCCUGCCUUUCUUCAGAUAAGACCCGGAAAAGCAGAUUAUUCCAACCUGUUUCCCUCUCCCUUUCCAGCGUGAGUGGAGGGUGAGGGAUAUUUUUAGGUUUGUGUGGCGCUGUUAUCUGACGUUCCCUUUUCAACACUACAGAGGAGAGGGUGGCCAGAGAAGCCACAUGACCUUGCCACCCUUUGGGCAAUUGCCUGGCAUUGCUGUUUCAUUUUUAUUAUUUGUAAAUGUCAUCGCUAAUUAUUAAUAAACACAGUGGCUCCCGUCUUCUUUA